AUGCAGAGCGCAGAAGAUGCUGUGGGGAUGGAGAGGGAACAAGGCACUGCAGCGCGGACUGCAGCGCGGACCUCAUCGACAGGUGCCAUGAGGGCACUAUGCGCACCAGUGGAUACAUAUGUGCUGCAGGUGCUUCGACGCUUCCUGUCGACAGCCGUUCCGGACAUCUCCCCCGUGUGGCUGAUACAGCACGCAGAUGCCACAGCCUCUGCGGCGUCCCUGCGCAGACUGCAGUCACGCAUGCUGCUCGUGCAUGCGCUGGGCGUGGACGACGGCUCAGGGACAUUUACGCUGGUCACGCGCUGCUACGCCCGGCCAAGAGCGCCCAGGAGCCCGCCGCGGCGGCACUGCACCGUGCUCUCCCAGUGGUCAGCACACACGCACACGCUCGUGCGCUUCUACUGCGACUUUGUCUCCGCUAUCGGCACAACCACGCAGCGCGGUACCUACUUUGCCCUCGUCUGCCAGCAGCUCGGCUCCCUCAAGGAGCAGAUUCGACACAGCACCACCAGGCCCCUUGAUGUCAUCUGGUGUCCAACGGCCGCAGCGCUGGCCGCCUUCAUCAACACGAAUCGUCCACGCAGCAGUGGCGCGUACAGUUGCAGCACUGCCAACAGUGACGCUGCCGGCACCACAGACGACGCUGCUGUCGUCCGUGCAAGUAACCGUGCUGAUGCUUCGCACAUGAGCUUCUGCCUCGCCAGCGGUGGCGUUGUGCUGCCAGAGACGCCAUUCACACCGGAUGACUUCAACUACGACACAGAGCGGACGCACCUUGAGGAGAGGCUUCAAGUCGUCGCUCAACAAGUCGCUGCAGGUGCAAGCACCGGCGCAAGCAGCGUGUCCUCUGUUGCUGCCAUGCUUGACACCUUUGACCAGCUCGGGCAGCAGUUCCUUCAGCAACAACAGCAACAGCAGCAGCAGCAACAACAGCGGCGACGGCGGCACCGCCACACAGCACACGCGACCGUUUUCGCGCCCAUUCCAGUCCCAGUGCCACAGCCAGGGCGGUAUACUGGCUUUCGCUUCUCGCUGCACAUUGAUGGUCGAUCGCAGCUGGUUGCGCGCGCGAUCCUGCGCGCUGUGAUUCUGGAGCGGCCAGACUGCCUUCAUAUCUGGCCCGAUAUUUGGCGAACCAUGCGCACCUUGCACGGCAUUGCACCAACACACGACCAGGAUGAGCAUCAACAAGAACAGCAGCAGCAACAGCAGCAGCAUCAGCAGCAUCGGGAGCAGCACAACCAAAAGCGACAACAGGCCAAGCACCUGAUUCGUCGGCACUUUGAUCCGCACAAAGCCGUUGCUCGGCUGCUUGCGCCCCUGACCAGCGCCAUCUCGUGCCUCCGCCACAACCACGGCCACCAGUUUGACGACGAGAGGCAGCGUGUGCGCGGUGAGGGGCUGGCCGACGUUGUGCUGCCGUUGCUCGACGCUGCGCUGAUGCUCGUGCGCUUUGAUGUGGGCGGUGCGCGCGUGCUGUGCGAGGCCCUGGAGGACGCUGUGGUCUCUGCGCGCCACUGCGAGUACUGGCUGCUGUUGGGGAAGAAGGCCAAGGCAAUGCAGCGCAAGCUGGACAAGUUACGCGCCUACCUAAACACGUUCACACCGUUUCCCGACGCAGACAACCUGCUGCUGAUGGUGAAUGCGCUCAGCACGCCGCAGGUGGCUACCGUCCUUCGCUUGGCGGUGCUGGCUGACCCGAGCCUGUUUGUUGACAUUGCAGAUGCCACGGCGCGCUGUGUGGCCGAUCCACGCCUCGCUGCUCGCCCAUGGACGCUGCCGUCGCAGUCGCGUGCGCGCAUGCACAUUGCCACUGCCGUGAAGGUGUCGUAUGGCGUGUCGUCAACCAACCCAGGCAAGGUUGCGGCGUGCCUUGCCCUGCCACUCGCCCAUGCGUGCACGUGCAUGCUCGCCGUCGCCGAGUGCUGCCCGCCAGCCAUCACCCACGCAAUCGCACCGGACGUGCUGGAUGCGGUUGCGCUGUGCCGGUCGUCGGAGGCGUGGUUCUGUCUGGACACAACACAUGUCGAUGUGGCCGUGGCCAAGCUCGAAGCCAAGCUCGCUCAUAUCGACAGGUGGAUGCGCAUGCAGCGGCAACGACAGCGCACCAACUAA